AGGGCUGAUGAGUGUGCGUGUGUGUGUGCGUGUGUGUGUGUGCAGCAGGAGAGCGGGAGUCUGUCGCUGAUUCUGAGUUUUUUUUAAUCUCAACUUCAUUAAAAUGGACACGUUAAAUACACUGAAACAGUUUGACGCGUAUCCUAAAACUCUGGAGGAUUUCCGGGUGAAGACGUGGGGAGGAGCCACCGUGACCGUCAUCAGCGGCGUCAUCAUGUUUAUCCUGUUUGUGUCUGAACUGCAGUAUUAUCUCACUAAAGAGGUUCACCCUGAACUCUACGUCGACACGUCACGAGGGGACAAACUGAAAAUCAACAUCGAUGUGAUUUUCCCUCACAUGCCCUGUGCCUAUCUCAGUAUAGACGCGAUGGACGUGGCCGGUGAGCAGCAGCUGGACGUCGAGCACAAUUUGUUCAAAAAGCGCCUGGACACAGAUCUCAAUCCUGUCACCCACGAGGCAGAGAAACAUGAACUCGGUCCGGCUGAAGAAGGUGAAGUGUUUGACCCAAGCUCACUGGACCCAGACCGAUGUGAGAGCUGCUACGGAGCCGAGACUGAAGACCUCAAAUGCUGCAACAGCUGUGAUGAUGUGCGCGAGGCGUACCGGAGGCGUGGCUGGGCGUUUAAAAGUGCAGAAACCAUUGAACAGUGUAAGAGGGAGGGCUUCGUUCAGAAGAUGCAGGAGCAGAAGAACGAAGGCUGCCAGGUUUACGGCUUCCUGGAGGUCAACAAGGUGGCCGGAAAUUUCCACUUUGCUCCAGGAAAGAGUUUCCAGCAGUCGCACGUCCACGUGCACGCUGUGGAAAUUCACGACCUGCAGAGUUUCGGCUUAGACAACAUAAAUAUGACGCAUCACAUAAAACACCUGUCCUUCGGUAAAGAUUACCCCGGCAUCGUGAACCCUCUGGACGGCACGGACGUCACGGCGCCACAAGCAUCGAUGAUGUACCAGUAUUUUGUCAAAAUUGUUCCCACGAUUUACGUGAAAACUGACGGAGAGGUGUUGAAGACAAACCAGUUUUCUGUCACCAGACACGAGAAAGUGGCCAACGGGCUGAUCGGGGACCAGGGGCUGCCGGGCGUCUUUGUUUUAUACGAGCUGUCCCCGAUGAUGGUGAAGUUCACUGAGAAACACAGAUCAUUCACACACUUCCUGACAGGAGUUUGUGCCAUUAUCGGAGGUGUUUUCACAGUGGCCGGUCUCAUCGACUCGCUCAUCUACCACUCAGCUCGAGCCAUUCAGAAGAAAAUAGAGCUGGGUAAGGCUUCUUAACAGCGCCCCCCGCUGGCCUCCACGGUGCAACACAGACUAAGACACGGACACAGAGACAGAAAGGCUGAAAGAAGAAGUUUGGAAACAGAUGACUGCCCCGCCCCCCCCCUAACCCUGAAGGAUCUCCAGGUCCUGUGACACGGAUCAGACGUGGACACACACACACACACACACACACACAGACCCGGAGGAUAUUCGUCCGUCUCCAAACACGUUUUCUUUCCUCCUUCCUGUUGACGUCCUCUGUGGUCGCCGGUGAAAUGCGACCGGAUGUUAACGAGUGCAUCUCUGAGCGAGAGUCACGAGAAGAGGCCGCUUGAUUUUUUCAAACACUUACGUCCCGAGAACUUUCACUGACUCGCCUGUAAUCUCAAUUUAAUUCCCGUGAUUAUAAAGUGAUAUUUUGCUGUAGAUUAUCAAGUGUCAUUGAAUGAGGUACUGACACUAACUGCACCGAGAGCGCCCCCUGCAGCUGAGAGCCAGGCUGAGACCGGGCUGUCGCAGUACCUCAAACAACCACGCUUUAAAAAAAGAAAAUGUAGAUUUUUUUGUGUCACUAUUGAUGUGCAAAGGUCUCUGCUCCAUUUAAAUGUUCAGUGUCCUGCAUGUGAUGUUUUGAUUUGAUGCCGCCAAGAGAAAAAAAAGUGACUUUAUCAAAUGAUUUAACAUUUUCUGUGCUCAAUACACACUGACAUGAAUCUCUGCCUCAUCAGAGGAAACUCCUGAAAACCGCUGUUUUCAGACCUGCACUGAAGUCCACACAUUUUCUCUGUCCACACAAGCCCGGGAACCUGGUUUGAAGUCCUUUAGGCAAAGAGUCAGAAAAGCUUUCAAAACACAGCAGGAGGUCUGCCACCGCUGCUCCAGACAUCCUCCAGAACUUUCCCUGCUAGUUUCCCUGGUCCAAUUCCUGGAAAAGAUCACGGUGAGAUCACGGUGAGAUUACAGUGAGGUCACGGUGAGGUCACAGGGAGGUCACGGUGAGAUCAUGGUGAGGUCACAGGGAGAUCACAUUGAGAUCACGGUGAGGUCACAGGGAGAUCACGGUGAGAUCACAGGGAGAUCACGGUGAGAUCACAGUGAGAUCAUCCAGCCUAUUCAAUGUAAGAGAUUUUAAAUUUUGGAGGUAAAAUUGGAAGAAACUGCUUGUGUUGUGUUUGUUUCUUUGUUCUGUUUGAUAAAAGAACGUCCGCUCUGUGGAA